CUCGCAAAGCUAACGCUGGCUCGCAGACUUUACCGUGUUUCAGAGAUGGAUGACAGUGACGAGCCGGGGCUAGUCCUCUCACACAACACCUCUUCAGGCUCAAAGUCAGGUGGAGACAAAAUGUUUUCACUAAAGAAGUGGAAUGCUGUAGCCAUGUGGAGCUGGGACGUUGAAUGUGACACUUGUGCCAUUUGUCGAGUUCAAGUAAUGGACGCUUGCCUCCGAUGCCAGGCUGAAAAUAAACAAGAGGACUGUGUUGUGGUAUGGGGAGAAUGCAACCACUCUUUUCACAACUGCUGCAUGUCUCUUUGGGUGAAGCAGAACAAUCGCUGCCCUCUCUGCCAGCAAGACUGGGUUGUUCAGAGAAUUGGAAAAUAAGAUGCUGCUCCAGCUGGCCAUCUGCCAUUUGGUCCAGAUCUAUAUAACCUCAUAGACUGCAUUAACAUCAGCAGAAUCACUGACACUACCAACUCUGCACAUUAUGUCCAAUUGCAUGUUCCAGGAUUUCCAGUGGAAAAUGGACAAAAAAACUGAGCACCACAGACUGUAAACAAAACUGGAAAUGGUGGGUUUUUGCAUAAGGUCAAAUAUUUGCAACAGUGUUUGUGCUCACAAUGCUUUACAGGUUAUUUCUUGUUGUUUUCUGUUACUGGUGAAUGUGUGC